AUGGCGGACCAACGAGCAGAAAGGCAUGGAAUCGCCGAACCGUCAACCGCGCCGCGAUCGUCGUCGAUUGGUGGUAGUCUCGGUUCAGCAAUCCCUAGUCCUGUAGUUAAGCAAAAGUUACUAUUCCAGUCACCGCAACGAGCAUCGGAAGUGCUUAUAGCGAAGGAAAAUGGACCAGGUAAGGAGGGAGACUCUGGUAUUCCAGUGUCACCCAGGCCGGGCCUCAAACCUCCAGGAACGGUCACCAGUCUCCGAACCUCGUGGACACCUUCGUCGCGCCUUCCGUCGAACCUGCCGCGUAGGUCAGGCUCGGGUCACGGCUCGGAGGAAACUGGAGAGCUAAGCCGGACCAGCUCAGCAAGCUCGGAUGCCGGAAGCAGGUUCGGGACGGAAACUCCGGGAAGGAGUAGCGCGAUUGACGCCGCGAGUGCUAGUAGGAUCCACUACAAUGGUGGAGCGAAAGCGACAGGAGUCCUGCGUCCGAGUAAUCAUGCUGGCGAGCAGGCGGCCUCGUUAGCUGCUGACGUCAAGCCGGAAAGGAGAUCGAACCCUGGGCAGGAGCAACACGGCCAGCGGCAGCAGGAUUCGAUGCAGCAGCAGCAGCACCACCACCAGCAGCAGCAGCAGCAGGAGCAGCAGCAGCAGCCGCAGCAGGCUGGUGGUAGGUUCGGCUUCAAAUCCCUCUCAUUGCAAAACCACCGGCAGCAGGAACCGCAGCCAACGCCGCCGCAUUCGGCGGCACAGCAGCCGCGGGGCCAUAUCCAAACGGAGGAACGCGCGAUCGGAAGCUUCUCCGCAGUUACCGACGGGCCGGACAGGAGGCUCAGCUUCGGAAGGGUGGAGUCGCAGCUUCGGGUGAAAGAGAUGAGAGGCUCGGAGAGGAAAGGUUCGGAAAGGAGAGCCGUUGGGGGAGGUCGGGAAGGGGUUGCGCACAUGGGGGACGGGGAGGAAGCGGCAGAGGAGGAGCGGCGGAGGGAGAUUGAGAGGGAGAGAGAGAGGGAGAUAGAAAGAGAGAUGGCGGUAGCGCGAGAGAGGGAGGAGAUGGAAAGGGCGGAGAGGGAAGAGAGGGAAGAGAGGGAGAGGUUGCUUAAGGAAGAGAGGGAGAAGGAGAGGAAGGAGAAGGAGAGAAGAGUUCAGGAAGAGAAGGCUAGGCGUGAACGAGAGGAGAAAGAGAGGGUUGAGAGGGAGAGAGAAGAGAGGGUUGAGAGGGAGAGAGAAGAGAGGGUUGAGAGGGAGAGAGAAGAGAGGGUUGAGAGGGAGAGAGAAGAGAGGAAACGGAAGGAGAAGGAGAAGGCUGAACGGGAAAAGAUAGAGAAGGAAAGGAAGGAGAGGGAGAGGAGGGAGAGGGAGAGGUUUGAGAGGGAGAAGGUGGAGAGGGAGGAGAGGGAACGGCGGGAGAGAUUGGAGAGGGAAUUGGAGGAGCGGAGGGAGAAGGAGAGGCAAGAGGAGCUGGUGAAAGUGAGACAGAGGGAGCGAGAGCGGUUGAGAGAGAUUGAGCGGGAGAUGGACCGGCAGAGGCAGGCGCGAAUCGCAGAGGAAAGGGAAAGGGAGAAGGAGAGGGCUGAGGAGCGAGAGAAGGAGCGGCGGAGGAUGGGAGAGGGGGAGAAGGAGCGGGAGAGGGAGAGGGAGAAGGAGAGGGAGAGAGUGAGAGAGGAGCAGAGGCAGAGAGAGGAGGAACGGCGGGUGAGGCGGCAGAAGGAACUCCAAAGGCGGAAGGAGAAACGCGGUGGUCAGCUAUCAGCAGCAGCUGCUAUGGGCGAUCCUCUUCGUGUGAUCGCCUGGGUUUCGGGAGCUGGAGUAUCCUUGGCUGCUUUCAGCGAGCCUUCUGGCUCGUUUGGUACACCUUAUCAGGCGGCUCCGGACCAUUCCCAGGUGCUGCAGCAGUGGGUGCAGCGCGCAACCCACUUCCACAGCAGGCUGGGAUCCGACGUGGCGCCAGCAUCAGCUGCAGCUGACGUGGCACCGGCGUCAGCUGUAGCAUAUUUUUGGCGGGGUGUUAGCGCAGCAGUGGAGGCGGCAGAGGAUGUGGCUAUAGCGGGGGGUGAAGCGCAGCAGGAGGGCGUUACUGUGACUGCAGGCGCGUGUGCCUUAGGUGCAGUGCGACAGCUGCAAGGGAAUGCAAGGAAGAGGGUGGCAGCAGCAGAGGCGAUGGCGCAGCAGGCGAGGGCGUUCGAGUCCACGUGUGGGGCGGCUGGGCGGGGGAGCGAGGAGGCGGUUAGGGUGGCUAUCCAGCAACUCAUGGAAGUCAUCGCUACUCAAGGCCUCACACUCCAUAGGCUUCCCGCUACAGCCGCCACAACUGCCCCUGCUGCCACAGCCGCUACAGCCGCCACAGCUGCUACAGCCGCCACAGGCGCUACAGGCGGGGAGGAGGAGCAGGACGAGUGGGAAGACCCACUGGUGCUGGCCGUGGGAGGGGCGGUGGGAGCAGCAGCAGCGGCACUUAGGAGCUGGCUAACUGUCGCUGUGGAGGGGAGGAAGGGGAAGAAGGGAGGGGUGGGGGAGGUGGCAACUGGUGCAGGUGCAUCUGGUGGGCACGUGCUGCUGCAGCCGCCCAAGGCUGCUCUGACUGAUUUAAGGGAGGCCCGUGAUGUGCUGGACGUGUGGCGGCAUGAGCUGGCACGGCUGCACUCGCGCUUAGUCAGCGUCGUCUGCCGCUCCCAGCUGACGUCAGCGAUGCAGAUGACGUCAGCGCACGGCCGCAUGACCUGGCAGCCAGUAUCGCCAGCUCAGCUCUUUGGCCAGGACCACGUGGUGGUCCCUGCUGACGUGGCAAUGGCGUCUGCGUGUGCUUUCUUGGACCAAGCGAUUGACAUUCGGCAGCAGCAUGAGGGGUGGGAGGACGCGAUGGCAGCAGCUGCGCUGGUGUGCGAUGUGGAAGCUUCCUCCUCAGGCAGCAGCAACACUGGCGCGGCUGACGUGGACAGGUGGAGGCGCUUCCUGGAGCCACUCACAGACAGCCACGUGGCAGACAUUCUCGAAGGCGACCUUGCCAGCUGGCGGGCGGCGCAGGGCAUCUACUGGGCGGCAGUGGCUCAGGAGGAGGAGGCGCUGGCGGGGCUGCUGCAGGCUCGACUGGGGGAGGUGCCAUCGGCCAUGGGGCAGCUGCAGCUGCUGGCACAGUGUUCGUCUUUUACUGCGCUGCCAAGGGUGUCAGCGCGUCUCCAGCACGACUUGCAGCAAAUGCUGCACGAGGUGGCCACAGACGUGCGAGCACUGGAGGAGCAGCUAUGGCACCCAACAGCAGCCUGCCACGUGUCCUCUCUCGCCCAGCUCAGGGGUGUGCCACGUGUUGCCGCCUCAGUGGCCCGCGCCAAAGCCAUUCACGGAAAGCUGAGAUCUCUAGACGCAGCUCUGCACGCUCUGCUGGAUGGUGGGCUGCGGAGGUCGAUUGCUCGGCUGUUGGAGGAGGCAUUGGAGCACACAGACCCUCAGAAGACCGUCAACCAGUGGCUGCAAGAAAAGCUCGCUCCCACUGCUGGCAACAGCAGCAGUAGCAUGAGUGCGGAGGAGGCAGAGGAGGCCCUGAGAGGCCCUGUGCUCGCCCCCUGCUCGUCCCGCCUGCCCCUGGCUGACGUCAGCAACAAUAGCGCGGCUACAGCUGGGGAGGAGGAGCAAGCGGGGGAGCCGCUGCUACAGCUGCAGGUGCAGUACAAGACAAGCCUCCUCCAUCUAAGUGAAGAAGUGCGUUUGCUAAGAGCAUCCGGCUUCCACAUCCCCCACCACCUGCUCGCCUCCGCCCUCUCCGCCUCUGCUGCCGCGUCCUCCGCCUCCACCAUCUCAAGAGCGCUCGAGAGCUUUGCUGACGUCAGCGCUGGCGUCAGCGAGGGCGUGCUGCCGCUGGUGGCGGCGUCAAGGGAAGCCGUGCUGGGGAUCAUGCAGAGCGGCCAGGGCGUGGUGUGGGAGGAGGAGGACGAGGUGGACGAGUUUGCAGUGUGCCUGUGGGAUGCUGUGGAGGCAUUUUCAGCUGCUGCUGCUGCGGCCAAGGAGAGGCACGAGGCGGCAUGGCAGUGCCUGCAGCGCGUUCAAUCGUGUGCCUACAAGGACUUGCCAACUCAUCUGCGCCAGCUGGCGCAUGCGGUGAUCGCAGCGAUCUCCCGGCCACCGUACCCGGCUGCCACGUCAGCUGCCAUGUCAGCAGAGUGGCAGCGUGAGGUGGCUGCCACGUGGGCAGCCCCGCUGCUGAUGCAAGCACAGGCGGUGCUGCAGCAGAAGCUGACGUCAGCGCUCUGCUGCUGGCUGAAGAAAUGGAAGGAGGUGAUUGGAGGAGAAUCUACUGUUGCUACAAUUCCUGCGGCUGGUGCUGCCCCUGCUCCUGAGUGUGGAGGUCUUGGAGUGGUGGUGAGAGAUAUUGAGGCUGUUCUCUCAAUGCACGGACCCUUUGGUGCAGGAGAGGAGCGAGCUGGUGGAGGAGCAGACGCAGCAGGGGCGGCAGGGCUGGCAGGGGCGACAGGGGUAGUGGGAGGAGAUUUGAAAGGGGAAUGUGGGAGUGAGACUGAGUCGUUUGUGCUGCAGCUGCUGCAGGAGCAGGUGGGGAUGCUGACGCACCGAGUGGCUGUGAAGGGGAGAAUUGAGUCAGGGACAGGGGUUACUGAUGCAGGGGUAGGCACAGGCGCAGGGGCAGGAGCAGGAGCAGGCGGGAGGAUGGAGGUUGAGGUACAGCCUCCUCUCUCCGAGUCGCAGCAACGGCUGCAUGACUGCAUUCAGCUGCUGCUCGCUCCUGCCCUCUCUGCUGCUGCCGAGGCAAAUAGCGUCCUCUCCUCUGCCUCUGCUGCUCUGCAGCUUCCUGCCUCUGCCGCUUUCCCGCCUGCUGAUGUCACCACCGCAGCCGCUGCUGCUGCUGCUGGUGCUGCUGCUGCUGCCGCUGCUGCGGUUAGCGAAGGUCCCACCUCCUCCCUCCCGCCCUCUUCUACUGAUGUCUGGCGAUCUCUUAUAGAUGAAAUCCAGCAGGUUCGGAACCAGCUGGCUGCCAAACCUGCGGUGGUUAGGUUCGGCGCUUCUGACCGAACCUCACUACUAGCCUUGGACGCAGGCUCGGUGAGAGAGGCACUGGUGGGUCGGUGUGAGGCUUGGAUACGGGCGGCCGAGGAGGAUAUAGAAGGGCGGGCGGUUCGGGGAUGUAGGGAGGCGAUUAAAGAGGUAUUUGAGCUGAAGAAGCUAUUGGAGGGGAUUCAGAGGGAGGCGGAGGGGGAAGUUAAGGAGAGAGAAAGGGAGCAGAAGAAAGGCCAAACGAGGAAGGGAGAGGGGGGAGUGGAGGGAGAGGAGGGAGAGGAGGGAGAGGAGGAACAGGCAGCUAUGGUUAGUGGUGGUGCUGAUAAGAGUGGUGGGCUGAGUGGGGAUGUGCGGAGGUUGAUAGAGCAUCUAGAGAGAGUGCAUGUGGGGGAGGUGGGGAGGUGUAUGGAGGAGAUUGAGACGUGGUGGGACGCUGCUGCUCCUACUAGUGCGGAUUGCUCCAGGGGCAGGGCUGCUGGCGCGCUGGUGCAGUGCGCACGCUUAGUGGGGCAGCUUAAAACGAGGAUAGAGCUUGUGAGGAGAGCGAUUGGGCUGGUUGGAGGGGCGGGCGGGGAGGAGGAGGAGGAGGAGGAGGAGGAGGUGGGGAGAGUGGUGGGGAGGUUGGAGAGAGUGAUCGCAGGGGGGGAAGAGAUGCAGCAUAUGUGGCUGUUGAUUAAUCACCUUUUGGAUGUUAUUGCAUCUGUCGAAGGAAUUAGGGUUGCAGAGUUCAACCCUGAAUCGGAUUUAACCCCUCUGCACUCCGCCUUGAGCGAUGUGAACCAGGAGGAGGAAGCUUUCGGGCAGCACGGCGCGUUCCGGGCGGUUCAGUCCUCUGCCCGGAAACUUAUCGCGAGCCUAGGUCUGGUGUCGAAGCUAGUUAAAGCCUCGCUGCAAGAGGCCCAUUGGAGGGCCCUCGCCCGAGCCUUGGGGUUCCAAGCCAAGGGCGGGCUCGGCGCCGGAGGUACCCUGCAGGUUCGGGAUCUGGUUCGGGCGCUGGGAGGCUUGGAGGGCCGGGCGGCGGCAGAGCAGGUGUUAUCUGCCGUCCAAGGGGAGGUGGCACUGAGGCAGUUUAUGGAUAAGGUUGAAAAGGAGUGGGGCGAGCAGGAAUGGGCGUUCAAGGGGUUCCGAGACAAAUGGAAGAUUGUGGGGAAUUUAGGGGUGGUUGGGGAAAGGGUGUUAGAGCAUUUGAGUAUGCUGGGGGCCAUGAAGCAGUCUCCCUUCUUCCCGCCGUUUAGAGGGGCUGUGAGGGAGUGGGAGGGGCGGCUUGGGCGGCUGAGUGAGCUGGUGGAUGCGCUAGCAGACGCGCAAUCCAAGUGGGUUCGUUUAGAGGCAUUGAUGACAUCACCCGCCGUCCGCUCGAUGCUACCUGACACGCACAGUGCCUUCCACGAAGCUUCCCUGCCGUUCACGACGUUCCUCGGAUCGCUCGCCGCCCGCCCUCUUGCGAUCGACCUGGAGGGUCUGGCAGAAGAGGACGGCGGCGCCGGGCGGCGGGUUUUGGCGGUUUGUGCGGAGGUGUUUGGGCGGGUGCUUUUGGAGGUUCAAGCGCAUCUGGACAAGCAGAGGCGGAUGCUGCCGAGGCUGUACUUCCUGGGAGAUGAUGAUCUGCUGCAGCUCAUCUCUGCCUCGCCGUAUGAUUUAUCAGCGGUGCAUGUGCACAUUCGCAAGCUCUUCACUGCAGUCUCGGGCAUUGAAGUAUCGGCAUUCUCUGAUACCAUUACGCCAGAGGAGAGUAUUUAUCACAGCAGAGAGAAAAUAGUAGCACCUUCAGGGGAUGCAGGGAAGAGGGUAUUUAUCACGGCAGCACUGUCCGACGGGGAGAGGCUUGUGCUGCACCAACCAGUGGAGCUUGCGGAGGGUGCUUCCACGUCAGCAGGUGCCACGUCAACAGGUGCCACAUCAGCGGAUGCCACGUCAGCGGGUGCCACGUCAGCGGAAGGACAGAAGCCCGCAGGAGCCACCAAGUGGCUGCUGGAUCUCGACGUGGCGCUGCGGACCACUCUGAGCGACCUGGUUGUGUCAGCGGUCGCUGAGCUGGCGGCGUGUGAUUGGCUGUCGACUGCUGGGGCUGCGAAGGACAAGAGCAAAGGGAGCGGGAAGAAGGGGACAGUGGGAGGAGUGAAGAGGAGUGGAGUGAGGUUGGGCGGUAGCAGCAGGAGGAACAGAGGAAGGUUCCUUGAGUGGCUGGGGAAGCUGCCUUUGCAGCCAGCGCUGCUGGCCCUACAGGUGAGCUGGACGGCACUAGUUGAAGAUCUUUUGGCAGGAGAAGGGGGGAGCGGAGAAGAAGGGGCGCAAGAGAGGGGCGGGAAGGAAUCAGGGCUAGAGGCGCUGGUGGGGGGGCUGGAGGGGCUGCUGCAGUGGCUGGCGCGAGCUGUAAGGGAGAGGAGAGAGCUGUCUGGGGGCGCAGGUGGAGCAGCAGGGGGAGUAGCAGGGGGAGUAGCAGGGGGAGUAGCAGGGGGAGUAGCAGGGGGAGUAGCAGGGGGAGUAGCAGGGGGAGUAGCAGGGGGAGUAGCAAGGGUAGCAGGUGGCGAGGAGGGGAGGGUGAUGGAGGCGAAGUGCGAGGCGGUGAUUACUGUGCUGGUUCACCUGCUGGAGAGUAGUAAGGCGCUGCUGCUGGAGCAGCGGGACGAGCAGGCACGGGCAGAGGCGGAGGAGGAGAAUAAGGAGAAUAUGGGGUGUGCAGGACAGCAGCAGCAGCAGCAGAAGCAGCAGCAGCAGCAGGAGCAGCAGAAGCAGAAGCGGAAGGAGAGGAAGCAGCAAGGGCUCUCCCUCUCCUCCUUCGCCUGGCGAAAAUGCCUCCGAUACUACCUCGACCCGUCCCUCCCUCCCCUCCACCGCCUCUCAGUCCAAAUCGCAGACGCUUGUUUCACCUACGGGUUUGAAUACUCUGGUUGCACUCCCUCCCUCGUCCGCACCUCCCUCACUGACCGCUGCUUCCUCGCACUUUCCCAGGCGCUCUGGCACGGGCAGGGCAGUGCUCUGAUUGGCCCAGCUGGCACGGGGAAGACCGAGACGGUCAAGGCGCUCGGGCGGCAGCUCGGGCGGCCGGUUUUGGCGUUAUCUUGUGAUAGGAGUUUUGACAGUGCGGCGGUGGGAAGGGUUUUGGAGGGAGUGGCGAGGCUGGGCGCGUGGGGAUGCAUGGAUGAGUUCAAUCGGUUGGACGAGAGUACAAUGUCGGCUAUAUCGCAGCACCUGGUGGCCAUUCAGGGCGCGCUGAGGGAGGGACGGAGGGAGGCUGUGUUGGCUGGGACUGCCGUGCCUGUGCACCCUGCCACUGGCAUAUUCGUGACGCUCAACCCGCGCUAUGCAGGCAGGGACCACCUGCCUGAGAGCCUGUCCGCUCUGCUUCGCCCUCUCACCGUUGCCACUCCUGAUGCAUGUGCCAUCGCCCAUGUGACUCUGCUGUCGUGUGGAUUUUCGCAUGCUGAGAGGCUGGCUGAUGCUGCCACUCGAAUCUUCCAGGAGUCAGAGCAGUGCUUAGACCCCCAGCCUCAGUACGACUUCAGCCUGAGAGCGCUGAAAGCUGCUCUCAAGUCUGCUAGAUCUGCUAUGCUGGCACAGACCGAACGGGAGGGGGGUGCGAGUGAGAAUGAAAGUAUUGGGAGGGUAGAGGUAGUAGAAGAAGGUGCUAUUGAGGGUGAGAAGGAUGGGAGGGAAGGCGAGGAGGAGACGGAGGAGGUGUGUGAGGGAGAUAUGGAGGGGAAGGGUGAGGAGGGAGGGGCGGAGGGAUGUGUAGGAGAAGAGGAGGGGAGUGUGCGAGAGGAGAAAGAGGAGGAGAGGGAGGAGUUUUAUGAGGCAGAGGAUGGCGAGCAAGGGGAGGAUGAAGAGAAGAAGGAGAAUGAGGAGGAUGAGGGAGAGAAGGAGGAAAGGGAUGAAGGGGAGGAAGGGGAUGAAGGGGAGGAAGGGGAGGAAGGGGAGGAAGGGGAGGAACGGGAGGUGAUAGAGGAGACGGUGCCAGAGGAGGACACAGAGGAGGUGCGAGCAGAGGGAGGGGAGGAGGUAGAGGGGAAGGUUGAGGGAGAGGAAGAUGAGGAAGAAGCAGAGGAGGAAGAGGACGAAGAGGCCCACCGGGUGUCGAGAUGGCCGUUGGAGUCACGCUCCCUAGUCCAGGGCAUUUUCGGCCAGCUGGCAGCCAAGCUGGCACCUGCUGACGUGGCAACCUUCCGCAGGGUGGUUUCCCGGAACCUUCCGGACGUGGCUGUGGAGGAGACGGGCGAUGCUGAGCUGGCAGCGGCGGUGGAGGCGGUGUGUGAGAGGGAGGGGUACGUGGCGAGCUGUGAUUGGACGAGGAAGGUGCUGCAGAUGGCGAGGCUGAUGGGGCUGCAUCAGGGGAUCAUGCUGGUGGGGCCGCCUGCUGGGAAAACAACUACUUGGAGAGGUGAGUAG